CGGAGCCCGGCCAGCCCCGCCAGACCUGCCGCCCUCCGCCGCCGGCGCUCCAGUUGAUUUGAAAUACUACAAGCUUGGAAGAGACUUCUGCUUUUGGAAGUCAAGCUUUCUUGAAUAUAGAGCAAAAGAAUAUAGCCUGAUGAAACAGAAGAUUUGAUCUAGACACAUUUUGCACAAUGGCUGAAAAAUCGGUGAAACCAGCAAAACGAUUAUCCUCAGAAUCAAACUCUCAUGAGGGAGCUACGGCAGGAGAAAUAAGUGCUCUGGAAGAGGCCUUUAGAAAAUUUGCUGUCCAUGGUGAUACAAGAGCCACAGGAAAAGAAAUGCAUGGGAAGAACUGGUCAAAGCUAUGCAAGGACUGCAAUAUCAUAGAUGGGAAGAAUGUGACAACCACAGAUGUUGACAUCGUCUUCAGUAAAAUCAAGGGAAAGUCUGUAAGAACUAUUACUUUUGAGCAGUUUAAGGAAGCUCUUCAAGAACUCUCCAAGAAGCGAUUUAAAGACAAAAGUGAUGAGGAAGCACUUCAAGCAAUGUAUAAACUAAUUGAAGGAAAAGGCCCAGGUUUAACUGGAGUAACGAAAACCGUUGCAUCUCCAACUGUUUCACGCCUCACAGAUACUUCAAAAUUCACGGGUUCUCACAAAGAGAGGUUUGAUGCCAGUGGGAAAGGAAAAGGCAGAGCUGGCCGAGAAGAUCUGGUGGAUAACUCAGGAUAUGUAUCUGGUUAUAAGCAUGCAGGCACAUACGAUCAUAAAGUACAAGGAAACAAGUAAGGCUGAGGGUUUACAACACAGAGGGGGAUAGAGUAUAUAUUUGUAAGGAUGAUGUUAUGAAUCCCAUGUUUCAAUUAUUUUGAAUGUCGAGACUAUGUUGUCAAGAAGUUGUCUUCAGGAACUGGAACUGAUUUCAACAUCUGCUGAGCUACAUGCAGCACAAUGCCACUUCUUUACAUUCCUCAUGCAUAUUUUGGCAAAAAUAAAUAAAUAAAUAUGUAGGUAUAAAAAAUACAUUAUUUUGUUGAGCUUUAGGAAAAAAAACCCAAACCAGCAAACAACAAAGACAAAGUUAAGAGCAGUUAUACCACACUUUGUCAAUUCUAGCAAAAGAUCUCAAACAUUCCUAGGUUGCCCUGAUGAUGUCAAAGAGAACCUUUUGAAAAGAGGAUCUUUUGUAGCAGUAUUUCUGAAGAAUAUCCCAUUACUUAUGCAGUUUCAUUUCACUGUUGCUUUAGGUUUUGGGUUUUUUUUAAGUGUCUUUUAUGGGAUCUAGCACUUUUCUUAAAACAUUCAACUAUAAACUACUGGGAAAUAAGUAGUAGUAAUAUACUAGGUUCUAGCCUGUGAUUGUCAUAUACCACUCAUUGGAAAACUGAAAAAAAGCUAUUUCUAGGACAAUAUAGGCUCUAAAGUAUUUUAUGUCAACAGAAAGAGUUGGAAAAUACCAGCCCUUACUUUCCUCCUGUCUAUACUUUGUCUUUGUUCUUGUGUGUACUGUAGCAUGGUUCUGACUGGCUGGAUUUGGAUGGAGCUAUUGUACUAAUCUGAGAAGUGAGGAACAAGACUUUACUAAGAAAGUAUAGUUAAGGAUUUUCACAGUCUGUUUUCAAAUUUGCACUGCCUCACAUUGGAAGUGAAGGGGGCAUUAAGCUAAUAAUAGUUUAAAAUAUUGUUUAUGACUUAACACUGCCAAUCAGAUUGCUAUUAAAUGAAAGUUGUUUUGCACAUAUGUUGUCACAUAGGCCCUUUAAGCUCUAACAUAUAUAAGGAAAGCUUAUGACCCCUUGGAGUAAGGACAUUUACAAUUAAUAUCUAUGUAAUUAGGUGCAAUUUUACCCCAAAAAACCAACAUUAUAACUGGGCUAUAUUUUAUGAUAGAUUCAUUUGAAUCCAAGGGACAAGGGAUUUGUUUACUCUUGUUGCUAGACUUGGGAUUAAUAGUAUUGCUGGGAAUGGCUUUCCAAUCUUACCGGGAGAGCCAGUCCCACAGGUUUAAGGUACAGGCAGCUGAGUGUGACCUAGCUGGUGUCCAGAAUGCCAAAAGAAAUUAAUUGAAAUAAAAAUAACUUUUUUUUAAAUACUGGUUUUAAAGGAGAGAAAACGCCGUUCCAAUUUUCUGCAAGAGCUGAACAAAUACCUUGAUGUAUUACUCUGUUUCUCUAAAGUUAUGAAAGAUAGGUUGUUCAGUAUUCAAAACCAGCUCUUUGCAGUUCUGCUUUGCUUUCUUUCAAAAAGAGCUUGUGCCCUGAUUUUCACAUUCAACUCUUAAUAAAGGUUAAUAGAUGUAUUGCUCUCCCCCUACCCAUACCAGCAAUCCACUCAAUACAUAAACGUAGGUGAGCAGUGUAUGCUGUCAUGUGCCAUGCAGGUGAACAAUCUGUAUUUGGCCAAUGUAUGGAAAGGGAGCACUGGUUUUCAGCCCUUACACUGUUCAUGUUUUGUUCUGCUGACAUUAUGUGGUAGCCUGUCCUGUAAUUUCACCCUCAGUGAAGACCCUUUGAGCGCAUACAUCAACCUAAAACCAAAACAACAAUAGCAAACAAAAUGCAAGGGCUUCCUUGUGGACUUGGACAUGCUUUUGUUUGUAAUUAACAUUGAUGUUUUUCUUUAAGCGGGAGGGAAGUUUGCCAAAACAGCACAUGCUCCUGUAAAGAUUUAACUGGCUUUUCCCAUGGAUGGCUUUGGUUACCUGGGAAGAGUUUAGGUGUAUGUAAAGAUGCUCAGGAUGCAAAGUGUUCAACUUUGUGAACCCUUUCCAAGAAUUAGCCAGUGUUCUUGAAAAGUGAAAGGUUAUCCACUCCUGUGUUGCACUGGGGACCUGUCACACUCCAAAGCAGAAAACAGGAUACUUGAUACCAACAGUGGCUAAAUUAUUCUGGCAUGGUAGUAAACUGUCUAAAUGUAAAGAGCCUUCUUUGUCAUUGGUGCCUGUGCACCUGAAGAUGGCUCCAGGGUAGUCCUUGUUUUUUUUACUGAAUAAAAAGGCUGAGCCUACAACCCUUGAUAAAUGCUUCAGCUGAGUUACAUGCAAAAUCAGUAUCCCUGUUUUUCCUUUUGACUUUACUUGACUAAUAACUCACUGGUAACUGAAAAGUUCUGGACCCAGCCUCACUAAAGGGUGAAGUCCAGCCUACUGCAGCGUCCCAGAGUACACUGUUGACCCGGGCAUUUGUUUGUUGCUAGCUAUUGUCUGGCACAUUGGGCGACACUUUGCUUUUAGGUACACAAAGGACAGACUUUCUCAGGUGCCCAAAUACAGAGUCUGUAAUGCCAUAAUGUUUCCAUACAGGAGGAGUGAUUGGUUAGGAAGAUUUAAAGAUAUAAUUAGGUUUUAAGCUGUUAGUUCAAAGUGAGAGAGAUCAGCACACAAAUAUGAUAGAAGGCAUGCCAGGGAAUUGAGAGUGCAGACAGAUCCAAGCUGACACUAUCUAGAAAUUGACUUAUAAGAGACUGAUGGAAUGAGCUAAGGUUCUGCCAGAGUUUACUUUGCAUUGCUUGUGCAGUAUAAAAUCCCUGCCAUGAACCAAAGCACUUUAUUUGUACCUGAUGCAAACUUUGAAAUUCUUUCAAUGGCAUGGUAAGCUUGGGAUCAGAACCUGAGAAGAUGGUUCAGACAGCAGUAUUUUAUUUUGAGGAACAUAUUUCUUUUUUCUUCUUUGUUUCUUCAGUCUGAUAGUUUUAAACCUCAAAGUGAUACAUGAAAAGAAGUCAUUCUGAUGAAACAGUUUAAAAGGAAAGUUGUUGCUAGGAAGAUAGUACUUAGUAAAGGUUUUUCUCUUUUAACUAUGCUUGGUGUGAAAGAUAAUGGUUAUGAAUAAAAGUAUCUUAUGCAUCAGUAUAUUAGGGGUUCUUAAGCUCUUAUUAUUCCACUAAUAUUGGUAGAAAUUAAAAGCCUAAAUACUUGCUUGAUUAUUAGCUCUUAAGCUCCAGGUCUGCUUGGGAAUGAGGCAAAGUACAUUUUACUCAUCUGCUAUUCCCUCAACUCUCAGGACAGUAAGUACAGCUUAUACCUCAAAGAUGACAGGAAGGGAUAGCUGAGGAGGUGCCCCACUUUCAGCCCUUAGAGUGUUGUAGAGCAUAUUCUUUUCUGAUGCACCAUGCUGCAGACUGUAACUAAAUUUCAUGUCUGACGUAAGGACAUGGGAACCUAAUAAGGUUUACUGUUCUCUCUUUUUUUGGGGGGGGCAUCUCAAUUCAUUCCAUCUAAAUUUCCAGCUUGAUUUUCAGCAUCUUCCACUAUGUAACACUGUCUUAUGUGAUAUCUUCUAUAAAACCCUGUUGUUCCUAGUUAUCUUUCCUUUCAUUACUACAGUAGAUGCUACCAAAAGAAAUGUGAUCCGAAAGUUUAGAUAGCUUUUAGAAAUAACUGCCUUAAAGAACAAACUCAAAUUUCAUUUAAAUACUGUGGCAGUACACAAUCCUUACCUGUGUGUCUACUGAAGCCUAACCUGACCAUCAAAACCUGACAAGACUGAGGACAAGAAACGAGAAUCCUUACUGAGGCAAAUGAAUAGUCAUCAUAAAUAAUUUUCUAAAAAUAAUGUAGUUUUUUAGUAAAAUAUGCAGCAGUCAAAAGGGAUUUUCUUCUUAGGGCUUGCUUACUAAUUUUGUUUAGUCACUCCAUGAGCUUUAGUUGAACGUUUCCCUGGGAGUUUUGCAGCCAUUAGUAUGGAAAUACAAAAACCAAAAAUGAUUGGCCUGCUCUUUGUGGUUAUCAAAGCUAUCACAAUAGCAUUACUGAGAAGCAGACAUUGAAAAACAUACAUAGUUUCAUGGGUCCUAUAUGAACAGCUGUAAUUAAUUGUAGUCAAAUAUUUGUAAUUCCAAGGGGAAUGUUGAAUAUUAGACUAUAGCCAAAAUUUAGUCCCUAUUUUUUAAAACUUUAAUACUUCUUACCGCCUUUUCAUUUAGGGAAGGGAAAGGGAGAUUUCAAAACUACUUGUGUCACAGUUUGUGUUUUUCAUCAGCAUAGAGAUUGUCUUUCAAAGAUAUUUUAAAUUCAAGCAUCUAUUUUACUGACCUUACCUAAAUUAAAAAUUCUGACAAUUAAAUUCAAAAGUCUGACAAUGUUUUAGCAUUAUGCAAAGCUUUGUUCACAAAGUACCAUUUUAGUCCUCCAUAUUUUCCCUCUAUUGGCGCAAUUAAUAUUUUUUAUAGUAGCUGGAAUUAGGCAGAACAAAAAGGCAAAUGAUUACUAUGGGUUUGACUUGCAAGUGAUAAGUAUCCCAGCCAUCUGUAACCAUCUGUAGAGAAAAUCCUCAUGUAUAUUCCUCCAAAACCAACACUUUAAAGUUGUAAUUGAUAGGUUUUUUCCUCGAGGCUUUACAUAGUUAUGAAAUUAAUUUUAAUUCUUUGUGCCUGCAUGUAUGAUAGUCAAAACAUAACCCUGCCUUCAGGGAUGCAUGUAUUCUGGGGGCACGUGCCUGUCAUCCGUGAAUAAGAAUUCUCUGCACUGGCCAAGAGCAAAUGUAGCGUUGCACUGGUAUGUGUCCUCCUCUUAACUGACUGUCAACCUUGCGUGUGUGCCAAAAUAACUACACCUUUGUGUAUGUUGUUUGUAGUGUGAAUAUUAUGUUCUUGGCUUGUCAUUUAGUUGGUAUUAAGUAAUGUAAUGCACAAGACUUGUGUAGGUUUGUGUGUGUGCAUACACAUGCUCUUUGGAUCUGGCAUAAGUAAUUAAACUGUAUACAUGUUGAUGAAAAACUUAAAUUUUAUUAGGGACAAGCUCUAGUCCUGCAGCCAGUGCUGUUCCACUUGGCUGGUUGGGGGUGUUGUCAUUCUCCCUUCAUACCAUAAAGGUAAAAAUUUAAGGAGGCUUUUAUGGUUUUACCUGUCUACCCUGUUCUGAGAGCAAUCACUCUUCAGCAAUUCUAACAUAGACUUAGUGUGACAAGAGGAGUUUCUCCAUGGUGAGGAAGUAGGAGUGAGUAAGGGUGAAAGCAAGCUUUCCUCUGAGUACACUUAAGAAACCAUUUAAAACUAUGCUCUGCAUGGGCCCUGUAUUUUCCUUUGCCUCACCUUUGUGAAGCAAGGUGACACUCACUGUGUAAACACAGAGUUGUUCCUCACCUGUUAGUAAGUAUAAAGCUGUGGUACAAUGAGAUGGGAACAGGAAACAGGAGUGUCAUACAUUGCCUAUGGAUUCAAGUCUUGCUUGAACCUUUGUACAAUUAAAUACCAGAAGCAUAAUGACAGCUCUUAAACUUGUGUGAAAUUCUUAAUGUCUGGAGUACCUCAAAUUAAUAUAUGUGUACCUCCUAUAUUUGGAGUGUUUGCCCAUAAAAUAUCAUUUAACAUUCAGUUGCUCAUUUUGUGCAACCCCAAAAUGCCCAUUUGGCUUACUCAAUAUUACCUGGAAAUGAUGGUCAGGGAUGUUCAAGUCUUCAGAAUCCUAGAACUACCAAGAAACCUGUAGCUGAAUUCAUGCUGGCUCUUUAAACCCAAAACCAAUGCUUUGAAUUCUGUCCCAGCUAAGAAUAAUGCUUCUAGAAGUAAAAGAAUAUUGCAGAUAGAACCUCCAUGUCUUCAUUGUCCAAGUAAUUUAUUUUUUUCAGGGAGAAAUAUCUGUUUAUAUAUAUUUAGUAUUUUUUUCAGUAUAUUAACCUUGGUAUAUUGCUUUAAAAACCCUAUGGAGAAGGUGGAUUUAAAAACAAGUUUAAGAUACAACUCUUGACUUGUCAGAAAACGUUUGAAUUGGCUUAUUUCAUUCAAACUAAUUGAUCAUGAACUCAAGGCAGACUUUAGCAAGAAUAAUUCUGAUCAUAAACAAAAGGGAGGAAAUUACAGCAUUCUUGACAGACAUUUGCAGUUCUGGUAGUCUGAAGCAAUUUUUUUUUAAAGUUAUCUUUUGUAUUCAUGCACAUGCACAUGUGCAUGCACACAGGCACCUACUUAGGGACAUGGAUAUACAUGAGGGCAAAAGUACAGAAGAGACAUUUUUUUCUCUUUAAACCUUGGAUUUAGAAAUUCACAUUGAAAUGACCAACUGACUAACCUGAUUUGGAAAAAUGAUAAGCUACUAUCAUAUUCCAUUGCAGCUAAAUAGCCAAUGAAUUAAUUUUUAAAUACAGUAAUACAACAUCUCUUUUUUGUGAGUUACUGUAAAGCUUAUGGCACUGUACAAAGUGAGUUUUGAUGUAAACAUUUGGAAAGGCCUCAAAGAUAAUGCUCAUGAUAAUUUGCCCUUACCUAUCUUUAUGCAAGGUUUUUCUACUACUUUGCACAUUUUUCAGAAAACAUCAGAAACAUGAGCAAAGUUACACUCAACUAAAUUAAAAAUGUGGCCAUAAAAAUACACUCAGUUGCAUUUUGAUCAGGAGCUACAUUAUAGAUGAACAACAAAAUAAGAAAAAAGAUGGCAGUCUGAAUCCCCACAGUGGUAAAUUAUUUUAAGUUCCACUUUACAUCAGAUGACUUUCUAUAUGCUUUCAUUUGCUCAAAUACUAUUUUUAAACAAAGUAAUUAAAUGUGAAAUAAUGCAGCCUGGGCUCUGUUAAAUAGGGUUAUAUUAAUGCAACUGAAAUGCUGUGUAUGUCUGUAAUAUUCAAGCUAAAUAUGUACUAGAUCUUUAAAAAGGUUUUGUGUAAAAUCAGUUAACCUACAAAAUUAUAUCCUGUAUAAAAUUGUGUUGGCAAACUACUUUUGUUACACUGUAGUGUGUGAAAAGGUAAGAUCAUAGGCAAAAACAAGUUAUAUGGUGCAAAAAAGUGUGUUUGUUUUUAAUCUUUGUGCUGAGUUCAAAAUAUAUCAGCUUUGGCAAAUUCUUGCAGCAGGGAAAAUUUUGUACAAUGCUUAUAAUACAAAGUAAUUUGUCUUUACAUUCUGUAAAGCAGAGAAAUGGUCAAUGUUGGAUAAGUAUAUUGAAGUUUAUUCUUAGCAAGGUGUUAUAUUUCACAGAUUUAAAUAUUAGAGGAGAAAUAUAUAUUUAUACAGAAGUAUAAUUUUUGAAUUAGAUUCAGUCAUGAACCUUUUAUUUAUCCACAUUAUGCUUUAUUCCUUUGCUAGCUUAUUUAUCAGUCCAUGCUAUUCCAACAUCCAUUUCUAAUUCGAUUUAGUUGUUUUGAUUCUUCAUUUGCACAAAUCUGGAUAUGCAUGCUGUCAGGACCUGAUCAUAAAGGGUGGAGGCAAAACUGUUUUGUCUUUGAUUACAUAGAGCACUAAUUGAAAUUUAAUUGUUAAGCAGUUGGGAUAUGGAGAGAGGUCUUGACAUAGUCUUCCUUGGAGCAUUGUACACGAUUAUAAAAAAACUUCAGUGAAGCUUACUAGUUUUUGUUCUUAUUUUCAUUUGUCUUUCAUCAACCAGGAAGUUGCUGUGUGCUAAAAAUUACCUGCAAUAUUUCUAAUUGCAGACUUUGCAAACAUUGACAUGCAGCUGUACUAGCCUACUGUGUUCACUGUGAAAUUUUCAACACGGUAAAAAAUUUUACAUGAUCAUUUAAUCUUACAAGUUUACUUUUUCUCACUAAUUUAACACUGAAUCUUCUUUACAUUAUUGCAAAUUAACAACUUGAGCAUAGCAUUUCUAAAUCGUAACUAUAGUAGAUAAACGUGUCCUAAGCAAAGAUUUUUAACCACUUGAUGAAGGGGGCCAGGCAUCAUCCAGUGCAAAGCACACUGGGCAAAAUCUUAUCCCCACUGCAGCCAGUUCCACAAUUCUAGCUGGUAUUAGCAAAAAUGGAACCACCAUUUCCAAGGGGUUAAUACGCUUAGUAACUAUGACAAGAGGUUAUGGGGGAGCACAACAGUGAUUCUCUUAUUUCCAUGUCUUUGUUUCUGUUAAUUUAAAACUACUACUCUUCAAUCUUUAAAAUAAGUAAAAGAAACUUGAAGGGGGGGAUCAUAUACUACUUGUUUGUACUAGGUUUUUUCAGGAAAAGGAAACAAAUUUAUAUAUAUAUAUAUAUAUAUAUACAAUAUAUUUUUACACUGUUUAUUAAUGCUAGAAAGUAUUAAAUGUAUCACUUUAUCUGUGUGAAUGUUGAAGUAAUGACAAUGUUAUGGAUGUUUUAAACCUUUUGAAGUUGUCUUGUUAAAUUCUAAACCCACAUUAACAAUGGAAAAGCUACUUUGUCUGCAGCAUUAUUGUUGAUGUUUUAGGGGAAAAGUUCAAGUUCAGCAGUUGUUUUGAUUAGCACUGUAAAAGCUUGGCUUGACAAGUUAUAGUGAAAUCCAUAUUUUAAACACCAUUUCAUUAAAGCAUAGCUUCUCAUAAAGUACAUUAUUGCUGUUGACUGACUGUAUAAAAUUGUAUUUUUAGUUGGUAAAGUGAUCAAUAAAUGUGUUACUACAUCAGUUCUGGGA